CUGAAAAAAAAACCAAGAUCAAAUAGUUUUUUCCUUUUAUAUUUUAAUUGAAAAUAUUGUAAGAAAAAAAAAAUUCAGUAUAUUUUAUUGCCAUGUCAAAAUCGCCACCAAAUUUAAAUGAAUUUGAUUUUAAUAGUAAUUCAGAUGAUGAAAGUAAUGAUACAUUAAGAGCCAGUUUCUUAAAUAGAAAAAUACAAAGUAAUCGACGAAGUAGCAGAAGAAAUAAUGGUGGUGGCGGUGGUAAUCGUAAUCGUGGUGGAAAUGGUGAAUUAAGUAUAUCACGUCAGCAAUUACCACCAACAUUGCCACCACCAAAAACUAUCGGUUUGAAUUUAAAUGCUGCAUUAAUAGCAUCAUCGCCACAAUCAAGAUCAUCAAAUUCAGAUGAUGAUGACGAUGAUGAAGGCGAUGAAGAUGUCGAUGAAGAAGAAGAAGAAUUAGAUGAAAAUGAUAAUAAUAGAUUAAUAUUGAAUAGAUCUGGUAAUAAUAAUAACAAUAAUAAUAGUAAUAAUAAUAAUAAUAAUAACAGUAAUAUAAAUAAUAGUAAUAAUUAUAAUGACGAUAAUAAUAAUAAUAAUUAUAAUGGAAAUAAUGAUAAUGAUGAUGAUGAUAUGAAUUUAAGAACGAAUCAAUUAAAUGAUAAUAAUACAAAUAAUAAUGAUAAUAUUAAUGUUAAUAAUAAUCAUAAUAAUAAUGAUAUUGAUGAAGAUCCAUUAAUUUUAAAUAAUAAUCAUAAUAACACAAACAGUAAUAAAAGUGGUAAUAAUAACAAUCAUGAUAAUAUUGUUAAUAAUAAUAAUACAAAUUUAUUAAUUAAUAAAAAUGAUAUUGAAUGUGGUGGCGGUGGUAAUUCAUCUUCGUCAUCAUCUACAUCAUCAUCAUCAUCAACAUCUUCAUCAUUAUCAUCUUCGCGUAAUCGAAAUUUAAAUCUAAAUAAUAAAAGUAAUAAAACAUCAUUAUCAAUAAAAUCAACAGCAGCUGCAGUAGCAGCUGCAAUAGCAAGUGUUAAUAAAAGUUUACAUUCAAAUAAUAAUAAAAAUAAUUCAAAUAAUAAUAACAAUAAUAAUAGUAAUAUUUGUAUCAAUAAUAAUAAUGAUAAUAAUAUAACGUCAUCAUUAAAUAAUUUAGAUAAUGAUAAUAAUAUCGAUGAUGAGAAUGAUUGUAAUAAUAGUGGUCGUAAUAGUGUAGCCAGUUUAAGAGAUGAUAAUAAUAAUGAUAAUGAUGAUAAUAAUAUUCAAAAUGAUGAUAUAGAUGAUGAUGAUGGAGAUGGUGAUGGUGAUGGUGAUGGUGAUGGUGAUGCCGAUGGUGAUGGUGAUGAUGGCGGUGUCAAUGACAUUGAUGAUAGUGGUAUUAUUGGAACUAGUGGUAUAUUAAGUAGUAUCGGUUUAAGUAAUGGUGGUAAUCCUAAUACUAAUAAUAAUAGUAAUAAUAAUAUAAAUAAUAAUAAUAAAAAUAAUAGUAAUAAUAAUGUUAAUAAUAAUAGUAAUAAUAUUAAUAUAAAUAGUGAACGUAAUUUAAUAAAUUGUGGUAAUAGUAGUAAUAGAUCUGAAACAGGAAGUAUUAUUGGUGGUGGUAUCAGUAAUAAUAGUAAUAGUAAUUUAAAUAAUAAUAAUUCAUCAUCAAAUAAUAAUAACAAUAAUAAUAAUAAUAACAAUAAUAACAAUAGUAAUAAUAAUAAUGGUAAUAGUAAUAAUAAUAAUAAUAAUAAUAAUAGUAGCAGUAAUAGUAAUAAAAAAUAUCGUCAUCAAAAUUAUAGUAAAAAUAUAUAUAUUGGUACAAAAAAUGCUGAAUCAUGGGAAUUAACAAGAACUCGUUUAUGCUUUAAAAAUGAUGUUGAAUUUGUUGCAUAUUUAUUAAAAUUGGCCGAAAAUGAUACAGAAAGAAGUUCAAGCCUUCCAUCAAAACCAUUUGCCAAUUUUAAAUUAGAACCAAAUUUAAGUGCCAAAGAUUUUGAUACAUCUCAGCAUUCUGCAUCCGAUAAUAUAGAUUUUUCACAACAAAAUGUUUCAUCAGUGGGAUCAUCGUCAGCAUCGAAAAAACAAAAACGUGUUCAAUUUCAAGAUGCAUCAUUAAAUGGUUUCGUUAAAUCAAAAAAAUUCUCAGAAUUUGGUGUAACAAAAUCUAGUAAAAAGCAUAAUAAUAACACCAAUAACAAUAAUAUUAUCAAUAAUAAUAAUAAUACAACAAGUGGUACUACUGCAGUUCAAGAUUCUAAAUCAAAUUUAUCAAAUCAUAGUAUAAAUGAUGAAAAUCUACCAGAAGUUUUAGAUUGUCGGAUAGCAGAAAAAAUUAAAAGUGAAUUAGAACAGAAGACUGCCAAUAAUGAAUUGGAUAAUGAUAGUAGUUUUCGUGGAGCUUUAUGUCUUAAAAAACCAAAAGAAUAUAAAGUUUAUAAUAGAUCAGAUGAUGAAGAAGAUGAUGAUGAAAAUAUUAAUGAUAAUGGUGGAAGUGUUACUGGUGGAAUAAAUAUUAAUAAUGGAACUGAUAAUAAUGGUUUUAGAAUACGAGAUCGUUCAAAAUCACAAAAAACGAAAAAAUCACGUACAAAAUUACCAUUGAACGGUCGAAUAAAUGAAACCGAAGAUAAUAAAGAAUUAUUGAAAGCCAUAGCUAUGAAAGCAGCUGCAAAUGCUGCUAACGGUACAACUGAAAUUGAUGAUGAAGAUGAUGAAGAAGAUGAUGAUGAUGAUCAAAUAGAUGAAGAUGAACCAGAAGAAGGUGAAGAUGAAGAAUUAAAUGAUGAUAUUAAAUUUAAUACAAUUAGACUGAAACAAUCAUGUCGAGAUUGUACAAUAGCACAUGAAUUUGAAACAUGUCCAUAUAGAAUUUGUAAAGAUUUUAUUGUUGAUUCUAUUGGUUUUCAAGAGUAUAUUGUUAAAAAAGAGAAUGAACGUGCUGUUGAAGAAGCUAGAAAUAAUCUUGAUGCAAUAGCAAAUGAUUUAAAUGGUGCCGAUGAUGAUGAUGACGAAGACGAUGAUAAUGAUGAUGAAGAUGAUGAUUUAGAUAAUAGUAAAAAUGCAAAUAAUCGUAGUUUAAAAAAUAAAAUUAAAGCUGAAUUACAAAAUAUUUUACCAAAUAAAUUACCAAUAUUUGCUGAAGCAUCACUACCACCUCAAUUUGAAUUAAGGCCUAUUUUAAAUAAUGAUAUGAAUGAUGAUAAUUGUAUUGAUGAUGAUGGUGAUGAAAAUUUAAAUAGAAAUAAUAAUGAAACAAAUUGUAUUGGUAUAUAUACAAAAAUUAAUUUACCAAAACAUAUGAGAUUAGGACCAUUAAUAGGGAAAAUUGUUCAAAAUAAUGAUAUUUCAGAAGAUUGUAAUAUGAAAUAUGUAUUUGAAACGCAUGAUGGAACAAAAUCAGAAUUUAUAUCAGCAAAUGAUCCAACAUAUUCAAAUUGGUUAAGAUAUAUUCGUCCUGCUAAAAAAUAUGAAGAACGUAAUGUUAAUUUGGUUUCGAUAGAUAGAAAAGCAUAUUUUGUUACCACCAAUGAAAUACCAAUUGGCUGUGAACUUUUAUACUGGAGUGAUGAUUGUAAUUCAUCGUGGCGUAAAAAACACUGGGAUAAAACAAAUUGCGGUGGUUGUAACGUUAAAUUUGAUCAUCCAUUACAUUAUAGAACACAUUGUUCAGUUUUCCAUGAUCCAUCAUUUAGUUUAACAAUCAGAAAAUAUCAUUGUAAAAUAUGUGGUGAAGCAGUAUUGGGUAAGGAAAAUUUAGUUAAGCAUGCCGCCCAAAUGCACGAUGGUCGAGGUGCAUAUCAAUGUCAGUUUUGUUCAAAAUUUUUUCUUCGUCUUAAUUAUUUGGAAAUGCAUCGAACAUAUGGUUGUAGUGCAAAUCCACAACGAACACGACCGCUUUGUGAUUUUUGUGGAAAGAAAUUUUGUCAACCUCAAAAACUUAAAAUUCAUAUUAAAAGAAUGCACAGUGAUAUGGCUGAUGUUUUAAGAGAUUUCCAAUGUAAACUAUGUUCAAAACUUCUAGGAUCGCGAGCUGCUCUUCAGAGACACAAUAAAGAGGUUCAUAGCCGGAACUCAACGGUUGUUAGCUGCCCAAGAUGUCAGAAACUGUUUCAAAAUCGAAGUAAUUUAAAAAUUCAUAUGUUAACACAUUCUGGAGUUCGUCCAUUUAAAUGUGCUGAAAAUGAAUGUACGGCUGCAUUUACAACAAAACAGUGUCUUCAAUUUCAUUAUAAAAAAGUACAUAACUAUUCACAAGAACAAAUGCCAAAAAUUGAAAGAAGUGUUGCAUAUACAUUUGAUGCAUAUUCUGGGGGAAUGAAAGUAGAUUUCUUAGAACAAGCUCCACGACGUAGAAGGAAGAGUCUUGAAGAUCAAAAUUCCCGCCUUAGUUCCAGUAUUCUUGAUAGUAAUAACGAUAGUGACUUUUCAGAUGAUAAUAUAUUUGAAACAAUGAAAAAAUCUGGCAAAUCAAUAAAAGAUUUAUGUCGCAAUGAAACCAAUUUAUCACUUUUAUCAUCAAAAUUAACGUCUAUGUUUGGUAGUGGACCACCACCACCGCCACCACAACUGCCACCACAACCAAGUAAUAAAGAUUCUAGUAAUAGUGCGGUAGAAGCGCCAAAGCGAAAACGAAAGUAUAGAAAAAAUAAGCCAACACAAAAUAAACAACAGCAACAGCAACAGAAUCCACAGCAGCAACAACAACAGCAGCAGCUACAACAACAAUCUAAUUCCAAUCAAAUGUUAAAUCAAUCAGUUGUUGCCGGCCUAUUAGAUGAAUGUGGCGAAACUGAAGAUGAUCGUUUAGAACAAGCUAGAAGAAAACAAAAUGCCCAAUUAAGUUUAGUUGAAACUUUCCUAUCGACAACUGCACAACGUUUAGGUACCACACCAUCAGCAGUUGCUGCGGCGGCAGCUGUUGUUUCAUCUGUAAAUAAUUUAGAUACUGAUAACGGAAACAAAUUACCUUCAAAUUUACACGAUUCACCUGAGCUUCCUGAUGAUAAUGACAAUAAUUAUAGACAUGGACCUAUUGGAAUGGGUAGUGGUUCAACAAAUUCGCGUGAUUCGACUAGUGCCGCCUGUCAAAAUUUGGUUGUGAGUAAAGGUAGUAAAAAAUGGAUAAGUGACGAUGAUUUAAGGCACGCACAACAACAACAGCAACAAUUAAACUUACACCAAGCUAUGCGAAACGUUAACGCUAGUGGUUUAUUAGAUAAUGAAACUGUAGAAGAUGUAGCGAAUAAAAUUUUACCUAAUCGUGAUUUAAUUGCACGGUUUAUGGGAAUAAAUAAUGUUGAACAACAUCAUUUACCUCAUCAUCAUCAACAACAACAUCAACAACAGCACCAACAACAACAGCAGCAACAACAACAGCAGCAUCAUCAACAACAACAGCAACAACAACAAGGACACCAUCAAAUGCCUCAUGAAGAAGAUGAAAAUUCUUCAUUCUUAGAUGUUGUAGAUUCCCAUAAUCCAUCGGCUCAAUUAUCACAUUUCAAUACGAAUACUAAUGAUAACCAACAAACACAAAUGCAUAUGAACCCAAUGAAUCACACUCAGUCUUUCAUGAAUUCUUUCUACAAUAACGCAAACUCAAGAUUAACGGGGGCUGUAAGUUCUGCUUCAACUUCGGCAAGCAUGUUAGUAGAAGCUGCACUGAAUUCUGUUGGAAAUAUAAUGGAAAGUGAGGGAAGUUUAAAAUGUCCAAAUGACUCUGCCUUAGAUACGGAUAAUGAAAUUAAUGCACAAAUGGAAGUAGAAGCAAAUCGAUUUGCGAAUGAAGGUCCUGAUAAUGGAGGUUCUGGUAAUGCGGUCAACAAUAUUAGCAGUAUUGAAAGUUUAGAAAAUGAAAUUAAGAUGAUGAAGAAUUUAAAUAACUUCCCAAUGCAAAUACCACCAUUGCCAAUGUUUACAAAUAAUAAUCAAAAUCAAACAACAAAUAAUUUAAGCUCUUGUAAUAUAUCGCCGGAUGCACAAACCCCUAAUGCUAACAAUCACAAUACAAAUAAUGCUAGUAGUAAUAAUGACAUAGAUGUUGAUGCAGGAUCAACUCCACGAGGUCAACAAAUUAGUGAUUCAGAUCGGUUUUCAAACCAUCAUCAAACACCUCCUUCACCUCAAGUAAUAUCACCAGGCAGAGAUUAUUCCAUGUUUGGUGGUCCAAGUGGAAAUGGGCCUAAUUCGGUUAAUACCUCCGGCAGUGGUGGCAAUGGUAGUAACAAUAACAUAUCAGGAUCAUCACCUUUGCCUUCCAUUCAAAAUCGCAGGUCAGCUGCAGGAUCAACAACUGGAGUUUAUCCAGAACAUGAAUUAAUAUCACCAGCUUCUUCACCAGCAAUUCCAAGGUAUGACUUUAACAAUGAAAUGUGCAGAAAACGGGAUGAAGAACGCGCUCAUUUAUCUGCACAAAACCAAUUAUCUAGUGAUGAAGAAAAUAGUAUUAUUGCGCAAAAUAGUACUGCUAGUCAAGAAGAGAUGCGAAUGAAAUUUACUCAAUCACAAAUGGACUUAAUGUAUUCUAAAUACGAAAGUAUGACAAAUUCAGGACUAAAAUAUAGUAAUAAUCAAGAUAUGGAUGUAACAGAUUUCCGAAAUAAUACUUCAAAUGACUUAUCAGAUUUACAAGGAUUAGAUAUGUCAUCUAGAUCAAAUCAAGUUGGAACAAAUUAUCAUCAUAAUUUUCAAUUACCGUCUACAAAUAGUUCAAAUAUAGGAUUAGGUCGAUAUCAUCAUCAUAUUUAUGAUAUUCUUUCAGAACGUGAACAACAACAACAGCAACAACAACAACAUCAUCAACAACAGCAACAACAUCAGCAAGAACAAUUGGCAAUGCAACAGCAGCAACAACAUCAAUCAAUUCAUAAUAUGAUACCAGAUCAAAUGAAUGAUCAGGAUCAUGAUCAAGCAACAUCUGUUGAUUUAAGUAGAACAGCUAAUUAUGUUGUAACACCACCACCGUCUUUACCUUAUAGUCAUCCACAUCAUGAUAUGUUACGUAUGGUAUCAUUAGAUUUGACACCAAAUACAAAUAUGGGUGUCGGUAAUAAUAGAUCAUUUCUUUCAUCACAAAUUCAACAUAAUAGCCGUGAAACAUUAGAACAACAUCAUAGAUUAUUAUCGACAGCAGAACAACAUCGUUUAUUAGCAGCAUCAAAUGCUGAUCAGCAUCGUUUAUUAGUCGAUCCCACCGCCCAUUUAUUAAUGGAACAAAAUAAUAGACUAUUAGGGUCUGAUCAAUCAAGACUUUUAGGUGAAACAGCUGCUGUUGCACAAAAUCGUCAUAUGGCACGUGGUUUUGGUGCAUAUCAUCAAGUUGCAUCUGGAAAUUAUCAUCCAUCUGUUAGACCAGUUUUACCAUCAUCAAAUCAUCAUACACCUAAUCCAUCAAAUUAUCACCCAUUCCCAGCGUACUAUUAAAAAAAAAAAAAUUACAGAAUAAAAAAUAAUUUUUUUUUUAAGUUUUUAGUUAUUUAUUUUUUAUCAAAUCCAAUCACAUUUAAUCAACGUAUCUAAUAUAUAUAAAUAUAUGUAAAAAUGUUAAUAGUUUAAACCUGUUUAAAAAAUAUUUAUUUAUUAAAGAGUUUUUUUCUUAUUCAUAUGUUAAAGCUUACAAUUUAUAAAUUAUACUUCUGUAUUAAAUUGUAGAAAAGCGUGAAUUUAAUAUUUUCUAGUAGGAAUACAUUAAUUUCUUGAUAAUAUAAAAAAUUUACUACUACCUUGGCACUUAUUUUACAUUUCAAAUAAUUUUUAAAUUUUUAUUUAUUCUUUUAAUUGUAAUCAAAUGUCUUCCGGGAUU